GCACUGGGCAUCGUGGGAGUUGUAGGCCGCAGUGAGCGGGUAGCGUGCGCAGGGUCAAAUCUUUCGCUGUGGCCAGAGCCCCGGAAUCUGCUUUCGGAGCUGCUGCUCCUCGGUUAGAGAGCUGGGGGCCACGGUGGAGGGGCGAUGCGAGACUGCGGGCCGCUGCGAGACGGCGGGCCGCUGGGGCUAGCUGGCGUGGCGCUGCUCCUCAUGGCCGCCGGGGCGGGAGCAAGGCCGCGGCCCGCCGUCCCCGGGGACCAGCCCCGAUCUAACGUGGUGUUGGUGGCCUGCGACUCCUUGGAUGGACGCUUGACAUUUUUCCCCGGAAAUCAGACUGUGGAUUUACCUUCCAUAAAUUUUAUGAAAAGACGUGGCACUGUCUUUCUCAAUGCCUACACCAAUUCUCCAAUUUGUUGUCCUUCGCGUGCAGCUAUGUGGAGUGGUCUUUUCACUCAUAUAACAGAAUCUUGGAAUAACUUCAAAGGUCUAGAUCCAGAUUAUGUAACAUGGAUGGAUCUCAUGGAGAAGCAUGGCUACCAUACGCAGAAGUUUGGGAAAUUGGACUUUACUUCCGGACAUCAUUCAGUAAGUAACCGUGUGGAAGCUUGGACUAGGGAUGUUAACUUCCUGCUCCGACAAGAAGGAAGACCCAUGGUGAAACUUACAGGCCAUAGGAAGCAGUUUAGAGUAAUGGAAAAAGAUUGGCAGAAUACUGAUAAAGCAGUAAAUUGGAUAAAGGAAGAAGCUGUUAACUUUACUCAACCAUUUAUUCUUUACUUGGGACUAAAUUUACCACACCCGUAUCCAUCACCCUAUGCAGGAGAAAAUUUUGGAUCCUCUACAUUUUUAACAUCUCCCUAUUGGCUUGAAAAGGUAAAUUAUGAAGCUAUUAAAAUACCCAAGUGGUCUCCUCUUUCAGAGAUGCAUCCUGUAGACUAUUACUCAUCAUACACCAAGAAUUGCACAGGAGAGUUUACAAAGGAAGAAGUCAGAAAUAUUAGAGCAUUUUAUUAUGCUAUGUGUGCAGAGACAGAUGCCAUGCUGGGAGAGAUUAUUUCAGCUCUGCGAGAUACUGGGCUUCUUGGAAAAACAAUUGUUAUAUUCACUGCAGAUCAUGGAGAACUUGCUAUGGAACACCGUCAGUUUUAUAAAAUGAGCAUGUAUGAGGGAAGUUCCCACAUUCCUCUUUUAGUUAUGGGACCAGGUUUAAGAGAACAGCAACAAAUACCAAAUGUAGUAUCUCUUGUGGAUAUCUAUCCUACUAUGCUUGAUAUAGCAAGAAUUCCUGUGCCACAGAACCUCAGUGGAUAUUCUCUUAUACCGCUGCUACGUGAAAAGGCUGAGAGUGAGGUUUCACCCAGAGGACCUCGGCCCUCGUGGGUGCUGAGUGAGUUCCAUGGGUGCAAUGUGAAUUCCUCUGUGUAUAUGCUGAGAACUGGCAAGUGGAAAUACAUCACCUACUCGGAUGGCUCUUCAGUACUGCCCCAACUCUUUGACCUUACUGCUGAUCCAGAUGAGCUUACAAAUCUUGCCAUAAAAUUCCCAGUAACUGUACAUUCUUUGGACAAAAUACUUCGCUCUAUAGUAAACUAUCCAAAGGUUUCUUCUUCUGUUCAUGAGUACAACAAGCAACAGUUUAUCAGUUGGAAACAAAGUUUGGGUCAAAAUUACUCAAGUGUUAUUGCAAACCUUAGGUGGCAUCAAGACUGGUUAAAGGACCAAAAAAAGUAUGAGAAUGCAAUUGACAAGUGGCUUGACUGUCCAGAGAAGCCCAGUGCAUGGGGACAGGCUUCUUGAAAAUUCAGGAAACUCCAGGAAUGGGCCAGCUCACAGAGCAGAGCUUGUUGUUUUUCAGGAGACCAGGUAAAAUCAUUCUUCUGCUGGGUCACAUAUCUUGCAGUCUGAUUGUAAUAUGGAAUAGGUAUCCUCCAAAAACGCAAAGUAGAAAGAUGAAAGAGAAAUUAUUAAAACAGAAGGCUGCACUUGCUGGUGUGGUAUUUAGAAGAGUUCUAGUAUCUGUUAGUCUUGAGGAAUAAUUAGAAAGAUUUGUGUUUUCCAGGAGACCAGAACUUUUUGAAUGUUUGUGACAAUGGGAGUCAGAGCUGGGAAAUGGUGAUGAUAGGUAAAAAGGACUAGAAAAGAUUAAAAAAUAAUUGGAUGCCUUUAUUUCAGGAAAAAGUGUAAGGAACUUAGAUUAAUAGAAGGUAUAAAAUAAUUCAGAAAAACAGAAUUUCCUUUUUGUACUAUUGUGUUCUCUGUAAUUUUUUUAAUGUCUUACUUGGUUCUACCAGUUUUCCAUGAAGUUUCUUUAGAAGCAAGACUAGAAUUAUUUCCUUGUGCUUUUAUUUUCUUGGUCUUCUUUUAGAUUCUUAGCAGGGAUUUCUACUUGUAGACACUGUAAAGGAAUACAGGUUCCUAAAUUUGUGUCUUCUUGAGUACUAUUUUCAAACUUAACACUUGCAAAAAUAUUGAAAGUGAUCUUCUUUUAUAGGAGAUGUUGAUGCUAUAGGAGAUGUUGAUGAUGGGCAUUGAUUAAAGGUGUUGAUAUUUGACUGGCUGGAUUGGGAUGGACAGACACCCUUCCUCAACAAAUCUAAGUUAAAGCCCUCUUGAGGAGUUUGUCAAGUCUCUGACCAAAGAUUCUUUUCCCUGCUUUGUCAGAUGGGCCCCAUUGCCCUCAGGAAGCCAGGGCAUGGGAAAAGGGCUGAGUAACCUAAGUCCUGACUAUGGCACCAUGGUUUCAAUAAUUUUUUGCCCCUCCAGGGUCAUCUGGCCCUUUCAUAAUAAUAUAAUUUCAUAAUCUGUGAGCCCAUAAAGAAAAUGCACCUUAUCAUUGUGGUUUCAGAUUGCUCAGGCAUAGCUAAGAAUAGGCCUUUGAAAUGUGAGGAAGUGUGUCAAAGCUUAUCCUCACAAUUGUGCUAUAAGCCAUUAGCAACAAGAAUAAAGCAUAUUGUUAAUUUAAACAAGUUUAGAAAACCAGGAUAGCAGUGUCAUCUUUCAAACUGAUUUUUCACUCUUCUUUUCCUCUUCUGUUUUAUUAGAUUUUAAAGUGAAAGAUAACAUGUAUCUUUCUGAAAUUCCUUGCUGUCAAAUGCUGUAUUAUAGCUUUUGCUAAACAUAGGUACUUGUUUCAGCUUUUGUGAAGUCACAUUACCUUUAAUUCUUCUCUCUUACUGAAGCUGCAACAAUUAGAAGGUUAAAAUUAAAAUUGGAAGCAAUAAACCUCUCCAUAAAACAUCUUUAAUCUUACAGAUCGAACUAUCCUUAGAUCUUUAGGCUUAUAUAAUACUGAAAAUUCCACUGAUGCUUUGAGCCAUGGAAAGCUGGUAUUUUUACACAAUUCCUUGUAAACAGUAAGUCUAUAUAUAUAUACCCUUAUUGUUUUUAGAGCAACUCCUUACUGGAAACCUAGAGAAACUUUGAGAUUUAAUGAAAUGUAAUGAGUAACAGCGUAUAUAAGAUGGCUAAAGAAUUUAUUCACAACAAACAGCCAUUCUUUUCUUCAGAAUUAUAAACUU